AUGUCCAAUAACGGUGCUCCGGACUCUUGGGAAAGUCAAGCUGAUGUUAUAGGUGAACAAGGUGCAAAAGAUUCCAAUGAUGUGUCUACAAAAUUUUCCACGUUGAAUGUAAAUGCCGUGGAAUUCGUGCCUUCUUUUUGUAAGCCCUCUCAGGCUAGCGACAAUACUAACUCCCCCACUUCACCACCGGAAUCUGAAAGUGAUUCCACUAACUCUGCUGGUAGUCCUGUCUUGAAUGGUUGCGGGGAUGCCGAAAGUGGUGAGGGAGGCGCGGCAUCUGCGUCGCCGCGCGUCGAAGAGCCACCACCCUUGCCACCAGCGGGCACAGGUGCAACCACUGCACCCGCGCCCGUUCCUCCCGACGUCUCCCCUACCGCCGACAGUUGGGAGGCCGAGGCCGACGCCGACGAUGCGCUGCUCACACCUGACAACGAAAACGAAGCUGAAGAAGAGGAAAUUGACCAACAGGAAGAUGGUGAAGUGGUGAAGAAGAUUCCCAAGAAAAAACCACCACGGGUUGAGGACACUAGGAGCAAGAAAGAACAUGUUAAUGUAGUGUUCAUAGGACAUGUAGACGCCGGUAAAUCUACGAUCGGCGGUCAAAUUAUGUCAUUAACUGGCAUGGUGGACAAAAGAACGUUGGAUAAAUAUGAGAGAGAAGCUCGAGAGAAGUCAAGAGAAUCUUGGUAUUUGUCAUGGGCACUGGACACUAACCAAGAAGAACGUGACAAAGGCAAAACAGUGGAAGUAGGGAGAGCAUACUUCGAGACUGAGAAGAAGCAUUUCACAAUCCUGGAUGCACCGGGACACAAAAGUUUUGUCCCCAACAUGAUUGGUGGCACAGCACAAGCUGAUCUAGCUGUGUUGGUGAUCUCAGCACGUAAAGGUGAAUUUGAAACUGGUUUUGACAGAGGAGGACAAACGCGUGAACACGCUAUGUUGGCGAAAACGGCUGGCGUUAAGCAUUUAGUGGCUCUAGUGAACAAGAUGGACGACCCUACUGUCAACUGGGAUGAAAAAAGGUACAAUGAAUGUCGAGACAAAAUCCUGCCUUACCUAAAGAAGCUUGGCUUCAACCCUGGAAAGGAUUUAUCCUUUCUUCCGGUAUCUGGCCAAACUGGACAAGGAUUAUUGGAAAGAGUAACAGAAGACGUUUGUCCAUGGUACCGCGGACCGUCAUUCAUCCAGUUAAUUGACGAGUUGCCUUCAUUGAACCGAAAAAUGGACGGUCCCUUCAUCAUGCCUGUUGUAGAUAAAUACAAGGAUAUGGGAACAGUACUCAUGGGCAAGGUCGAGGCUGGUACUACGCGUAAAGGGAGCAGCAUGAUUCUUAUGCCUAAUAGGGUCCAAGUAACAGUGGAUCAGUUAUGGUCGGACGACAUAGAAGUAACGUCUAUCGGUCCUGGUGAGAAUGUGAAAGUGAAGCUCAAAAACAUUGAGGAGGAAGAUGUGUCUCCUGGUUUUGUUCUCUGCGAUCCUAAUGAGCCAAUCAUUACAGGGCGGGUGUUUGACGCUCAAGUGGUUAUUUUGGAACACAAAUCCAUCAUCUGCGCAGGUUAUUCCGCAGUCAUGCACAUACAUUGCGCAGCUGAGGAAGUUACUGUUAAGGCACUAAUUUGUUUGGUGGACAAAAAGACUGGAGAGAAAUCAAAGACGCGACCGCGCUUCGUGAAACAGGACCAGGUGGCAAUCAUGAGGAUAGAGUGCGCUGGCGUCAUCUGUUUGGAACCGUUCAAAAAGUUCCCACAGAUGGGCAGAUUUACGUUAAGAGACGAAAAUAAAACUAUUGCGAUUGGCAAAGUCCUAAAAGUGAUUGAGUAAAUUCGGCACUACGAUUUGUAAUUUAGCUAGGAUAGGCCUUUCCAAACCUAUAUCAUCAGAAAAACAUGUAAUCCUGAAUUGGGAUAUGUAUCAUGUGAGAGCUCGGGAGUGUACUGCUUCAAAAUUUAUUUCUGAUUAGUACUGUUAAAAAUGAAAAAAUGUUUAAAAAUCUACUGCCACGAAGCAUGAUACUAAAACUCCAUAUGACAAUAUAGUUGCGUUGCGUUGGCAACUUGUGAAAUGCUCAAGUAACGCUAGGGAUUUAAUGAAUCCGUCUUUGACUGACUGAAACUACAAUACAAGAUAUCGCUAGUGAGUUGCUAGACGUGCCGUCCGUUGUUAUUUUUUUAAUAUACUGACAUAACACAUACAUCACUACUAAUGUGUACAUCGCAACUUAAGAGAAAGGUCUACGGCUGUCUAGUCAUCUCGAUAUUAUAUUAAUAAGUUCCUGUAUUGUCGCGUUAGGGCCGUGGUGAUGUUAUUUUUAUACGAGUAUCAUUUGUAACAAUUCGGAAUUAGCUCUACUAGCUUAUUUGCAUUAGUUGCUGACGCUGUGUCAUGUAGAGUUCUAGUAAUCUUAUUUCCACAUAACACCGAGAUAAGCCUUACCUUUUCUAAGCUUGAAUUAUUGAUACUUGGCCAUAAAGUGAAAACGUCUCCUUUUUUAUUGUAACUUAUUAUUUAUUUGGCAUUGAUGUGGUGUUUGAAGCUCUCGUGUAUGAAAUCUCUGAUAAGAUGAUCAUACUAUAAUCGAGAUAGGAAGUCACAUUUUUUCGAAUUGUAAUCGUUAAAACAAAGUAGUUGUGAUCAUCCUAUCAUUGAUUAUAUUUUUACAUACAAUGAAUAUGACAGUAACACUGUUGUAUUCUAUUAUAUUAUUUUGAAAAGCAAAAUUAUGUUUUAUUUUGAAUAAUUGGCUAUACAUUACAUUACACGUAUUUCAAGAGGUUUCAAUUUAUAUUAACUAAAAUACUUGCGAGGAUCAAACUUGUUUCGGUCAAUCCCGAUAUUAAUGUUAAUUAUUAUUAUUAUUCGCAAUACAUGUUUUUAUCAGAUUAUGAUAAAUAGAUUAUAAUUUAUUGCUUUAGUAACGAAUACAUGAACGAGGUGAUUUGGUGUCUUAUGACAACAAAACUAGCUUGUAAUGGAAAUGUGGGUGUGACGGUGUUGUUAGGGCCGCAGCCUGCCGCGCGACCCGCUUCGCUGGAGACAGUCAGGGAAGAGUAGCAUGGUGAAGAACUAUAGUAAAAUGCCCACAUAUUUCUUACUCAUUAUUGUAGGUCUAUGAGAGUACUUAUGGAAAGUUGUGCAAAUUA